ACCGACUCGAACAACGUUUUCGCCGGGUACCCGAACGACGUCGUCCGCGAGGCCCAGGCCGACGUCGACCUCUUCAACCGCGUGAAUGCCGUCAACCAUGUGGUUAUUCCUCAUUCUGUGACAACCCUCGCCGCCGUGCAUAACGGCCACCUUGCCCAGCUCCGCCUCGGCGUGUGCCCUGACGACUGGCUGCUCGCGCGUGACGGCUCGUGGGAGCUCAUCGCCAACGCCGACGCACCGUUUGAUACCUCGGUCUGGACUUUUGCGCCGCAUAAGCCUGGCGCCCCUCCGGCCACGAUCUUUGAUGCCCUGGGUCGCGACCCGGUCGACAUCUUCACGGAGAACAACCGUGCUGCGCUCCAGCGUUCCCUCCGCUCAAUGUUUGGCUGCCGUGCUCGGGGUAUGCCCGUGCCCGAGCCUGAAGCCCUCCAAGCGUACCUCGCCGAUCGCCUCGCCCGCGUGGCCGCCAACGCCCCGCUGACCCCGCACCGCUUCGACCUGCUCGUCUGCUCGUCAUCCAUUGUAUUUGUCACUUUCGACAACCCGAACCAUGACCUUGUGCCCGAGUCCACUACCAACCCCGUCGUCUUCUUCGCCUCGCGCGAGGUCGGCUACCUCCGACUCGUCCCCCGGGCCGGCAUCAUCACGCCCCCGCCGACCGCAGCGCUCUUCGCUGAGUACGCGGACGGCCUGGUUCGCGUCACACCCAGCACUCACGUCGUCUCCAUCGGCGAUACCCGGCUUUUCAGCGCAGGGGAUGCGAGCCGCGAAGAGCUCGCUUGCCGCGAGGCCAGCGCCGAGCUUUUCGAGUACGCCGAGGGUGGCGGUGUCGACACGUACGCUCUUCAGGCCCACGCGCGUGGUCUCGACGCCAUCGCUACCUCCAUCGCUGACGCUCGCGGUCUCUCAAGCCGCAAGUUCAUCGUCAUCGGGGAGACGGGUGCCGGUAAGUCGACCGUCAUCAACAAGCUCCUCGGCUCUGGCCGUUGCCGCCUUCUUCCACAGUGCAAGUCUCCUGGCACGUCCACCACCUUCGUCCGCACUGACAUCUCCUACGCCCCGGACAACUACUCGCUCGACGUCACCCUCAUUACUGCAGACAUGCUCCACGAGGAGGCGCAUGCCUACGCUGCCAUUAUGGCUGAGCGCCCGGACGAGCAGGACCAGACUCCGGCUGAUGCCGCUGUCGUCUCGCGUGUUUCUCGCCUCUUCCGCGGCGAUCCGGCCGGUCGCAUCUACAUCGACGCUGUUUGCAACAUGGUGGCGUCCACGAACAACGCCAACGACUGCGACAACGACGAAGAAGACGUUGCGGCCUCCUCGAGCACGCCUGCGUCGUCCUCUUCUCGCUCGCUCACCUCUCUGCUCGCCGACACGCAAGCGUACCGCGAACUCGAAGACCUUCGCGCUGCUCGUCCGGCGCCCAUCAUCUCGGGUGACGUCAACGACAUCGCCGCCGCCCUCCUCGGCGAUGACGUGCGUCAGCUUCUCAUCCACCGGGUGGUCAUCACGGGGCCGUUUCCGCUCCUGGCCUCAGGCGCCACCAUUGUCGACCUCCCGGGUCUCAACGACGUCAACGCCGCGCGCCAUCGUGACGCCAUGGCUGUGCUGGACGCUGGCGGCUGCCACGCCGUGUACGUCGUCCGCGGCGGCAUCUCGCCCACAGCGGCCGGCCGCGACCUUGCUCACCUCAUCGCUGCCGCCCCUUUCCUCUCGAUCACGCUCGUCGCCACGCACAUCGACAGCAAGUACAACGACAUCAUGGACGAGAUCGGAGAUGACGAGCCCAACAACGUCGCAGCAGCUAUCGCCGUCUCCAACACCCUCAACGCCAUGCGCGAUCUCUUUGGCGACGGCGUCAUGCCGACGGUCAACGACGAGCUCAGCCGCCAUCCUGACCUUGUGCCCCCCGUCUAUUACCACGCCGUGGCUUGCGCGGGCAUGCUCGGCUUGGCUCGCGACGAUGCCCGCCUCGUCACUGUGUCCGCCGAGCUGGCUGGCCUCCCUGUCGACAUGCCCGUGUCGUCCGAUCCAAAGGCUGACAAAGCUGCCGCCGCCAUCGUAGACGCCAUCGCAGGUGCUGUCGCCGCUGCUGGAGAGGCCUUUCGUCUCCUGCAGGCUACCGACCUCCCGAACGUCACACGCACUGGCCAGCAAGCCGCGACCGCUGCACUCACCGCCAUCAACCCCGGCUGGCCAACCGCCAGCGAGAUGUGGGCAUCGGCAAGGCGCGACGGCGAGUACGCGGCAUAUCCUGUCGCCAACCAGACCGCGGAACUUGCCCGCCGCCAGUCCGGCCCCGGCCAGGCCGCCAUUGAUCUCCUCGCCGAACUUGGCCGCUUGGUGAUGGCCCACCGCGUGGCGAUCUGCGCCGCUGCCGUGGCUGCCGCCGAGGCUGUCGGGGCGCCCGAAGACGACCCCGCCGCCAGCUCCUCUGCUUGUGGCGGUGCCGAUGGUGGCGACGGUGAUGGCGACGGUCCCGUCGUCUCCUCGUUCCCUACUGUCAUCCCCGACGUCCGGGCGGCGGUCGAGAGCAGCCUUGACCGCUGCGAUGCCGCCCUCCUCCGUCUCCAUGCAUCCGUCACCCGCGUUCCGACCCUCGACGCGGCCCGGUCGCAGCUUCAGCGGCGCAUGUCGGCCGAUUACGCGCAUUGCGCCCAGCUGUGGGGCCAGGGUGUUCAACCCUCUUAUCGUGCUGUGGUCAGCGGCGCGCUGGCGCGCGCUGCUGCGCGCGAGAUCCCCACGUGGCUCUACGAGCUCGUCGCUCGCCGCAGCACCGCCACCUCGCUCGCCAUCGACGACAUCAUCGCCAACAUCAACGACGUGCCCGCCAACAUUACCACGGCCAUUGUUCGCCCGUCCAUCCGUGGCUCUCACCCGGGCGUGCGCGCCGCCAUCGAGCUCCUCCGUGCCGGCAUCGGCUAUGUCGGCGAGGGCGUGCCCGACGCAGAUCUCGCGAAUCAGUUCGAGGCCAGCUUCGACGGCACUGCACUCCAGUGCGAGUACUGCCACGACCUUCUCGCCGACCCGCAGCCGCUUGCCCCCUCCCGGACGGACCGCAACGUCCUUGACCAGCACACCCAGAAGUACGUCGACCCGUCCACAGUGGAGCUUUUCGCGGGCGAGAUCCCGCCCGAUGCAGCCAUCGACGCUCUCCUCGCCGCCCCGGCCGGCCAGGCGUGGCUCGCCUCGCAGCACGCGGACGAGUUCCGGCGCAGGCGUCUGGCGCCCCUUCCGGCUUUCUCCGACAACUCGGCGACUCUGAACACGGACGUCCACGCGGUCAGUGCCGCCCUUGCCCAGCAUGUCCUGGUGGACGCGGCGACCAUCGCCGCCGCCAUCAACGCCCUCGCCGCCCAACGCGCAGCUGGCCACAACGACCGUCUCGCUCCUAGCCUCUACCGCCUCUUCUGCCUCGCGCUCGCCCUCAAGCGCGCAUAUGUCAACGCCGCCGGCAUCGACUCGGAUCUCGAAGCUUUCCGUGUCGAGCUUAAUACCAUGGCCGUUUCGUUGCAGCAAGUCAAUGCCACCGCGCGGUACGUCGUGCCUCGUGACGUCGUCGACGCCCCCGUUCUGGACCUCGACGCCGCGUAGCUCGUCACACCGUCACCGCCUGCACGCACC